CGCGCUUAUAAGAGCCCCGUCACGCACGGCGCGCGCAUCCAUGUCACACGACGUGGUCGCACGGACCGGCCGUCAUGAACCUGCAGCUGGUGCUGACGCUGGCCGCGGUGAGUUCCGCCGUCGCCCUGCCGCCGCCACGGGGUCGCGGGGCGGAGUCCUCGGGCGACCAUGAGGGGCACCUGGACGGCGCGCAGGCAUUGGACGACCUCGCGGGGGCCGGGUCCCUGGACGAGAAGAACCCGCCGCCGAGGAGGCGGGCGGUCAGCGACGCCGGGACGUCGUGGGCCGACCAAGAGGCCUCCGCCUCCGACACGGCGGACGACCUCGCGCGCGCCGCCGCCGUCGACAGCAGCAGCCCGCUGCUCAAGCUGCUCAAGAUGCUCGCCGACCUCCUGGCGAAACUGCUCAAGUACAAGCAAGACUUCUUCACCGGCAUAGGCCUGCCCGCGUACUCGGAUAUCACGUCCAUCAUGCCAGAACUGGGCCUGCUCGGCAAACUGGUCUAGAGAAGAAAGCAAUUACAUUAUUUGAGCUCAUAAUUAGAGCCACGGAAAUUUCGCGGAUUCAUUUAGUGGCAAGCUAGAAUGCAAAUCUUCACACUCUAGCACUGUGUUCGUGAUUGGACCGCAGUUAAUCUGGGCACGCCCCUCUACGACCGUGAGCCAACGAUGCCCAGCCAGGAGAGAAGUAAGCGAAUCAGGUAUAGUGCCAAAUAACAAGGAUAAAAAUUUUCUCGCUAAGAAAUCAACCAAUGGGAAAGUAAACAUGGGUCGAGCACACCUAUAACUUUGAAUUCUAACCUGAGGCCAGAGGAAUCCGCGAAAUUUCCGGGACUCUACUCAUAAUUAGGGGCAGGAAUUUUUCGCGCAAAAAUCUGAACGCCUACUAGACUGAAAACAAGGUAUACCCACACCAGCGCGGUUUCUUCCCUUGUGAUCGGCGGCCGUCUGCGAGAGAAGUCGUCGUUGCCUUGUUUGCACGAACCACUAAGGACGAGUUUGCUUCCGCACUGAAUCACUGUGAUUGGUUUGUUGUUAACAAUCGACAUGCAACUGGAAGUAACUCGCCCACACGGAACACAGACGAUGCUACAGUGUUUUAACUUCCGGCUACUCUCGGGAUCUUUUCGCGAAAUUUUCACGGCCCUACUCAUAAUGUUCGCAGGCUUUCGAGGCCAUUGUCUGAAGUAGCUUGGCUUCUGGGUUGUAACUGAGUCCCUUGGCGAAUAAUUCACCCGACGUUUCGGUCGAACAUUGCAGUCGCCAUCGUCAGGGAGCAAUUUACCUACUAACUGCUCCCUGAUGAUGGCGACCGCAAUGUCGACCGAAACGUCGGUGAAUUAUUUGCCAAGGAUACGGCUAUAAACCAGAAGCCAAGCUUCUACAUUCAAGCUCGCAAAAAAAAAAUAACAUCAGACCUGCAUUACAGUGAUAGAUUGGAUCAUUGUUAAAAAUACAUAUAUUUUUUAAUUUGACAAGAAAAAUUAUAAUUGUUUGUAAGUGACUCUGGGUGUUCGUUCAACAAAAGCAUAUCUCUGUUCACAAAUUGUGUUUAACAAAUGCAGUCGGUUUCCAGCUGAGACCUAAUAAUGAACUGCAGUUCAUCACAUAUCAAUAAAACAAAAACAGCCGUUUGAACUUUUGGUUUUUCAGUCGAUAAUUUUUUUUU